UAGAAAAAGCCGACGGGUUCAAGCUCUGGGCCCGCCCCGUCCAUGUCAUGCUUCCCCUUUUCUCAGCAGCGGCCGGACGUAAAAGGCGCUGAGACACAACGCCUCCCGGCCACAACUUCCGCAGGGGGAGAGAAGCUGGACGUUCCCGGACGCCUCCGCCGCGGGGAGAAGGACCAGGCUCACCUGAUCGACAGACUGGAAAAAUUGGGAUACUUCAUCGUCUUUAGAUCUGGGUGUUUUGCCGCAAUGGGAAAUGGUAACUCCAAAAGAACAUUUCCCUUUUCUCCAAGAAACGGCGUGAAGGACAACCGUACAAAUCCAGGACAAGAAGGCUUUAAGCAAAAGCCCAAAACGUUUAAACUGUCACUGGGUGAGGAAACCAGUGGUGAUACCAAUACUGAAGAAAUUCACAGCAGUGACGAAGAUGCUGGAGAUGUUUUUUACAGGUUUGUGGUUCUUCAUGCUGAGGAAGAUGUCGAGGAAGCUGCUAGAGUCCAGGACUUGCUACAGAAUGAAUUCUGCAUUAAACCAGGAAUAAUAUUUGCCGAAAUGCCUGGUGGGAGGCAUCUGUUUGAAAAUUUAAAGGAUGCAAUGAAUGGCUCUGCUUGGAUAAUCAUUUUGCUGACUGAAAACUUCUUAAGUGAGCUUUGGUGCGAGUUCCAGUUCUGCACGUGUCUCUUCAGUGCAUUGACCAUACCGCACAAGGGAUACACCGUCAUCCCAAUGAGGCCGCGGAAUAACCCUCUCCCAAGGGAGAGGACUCCUUUCAUCCUGCAGACCAUUAACACACUACAGGAAGAUAGCCCUGGAUUUGCCCAGCAAGUGAAGAACAUUUUCCAGGACUCAAGAUACAGGCAACAGCAAGCCAUAUGGCAGUAUGAAAAGAAGAAGGAAGAGGUGCAAAAAUUGGUUGAGUGGCAAACCUAUUAAGGCAAUUUCUGUGAAAACCCCUUAUGUCCCAAAGAACUGCUUUUUUCAAAUGAUCCCCGCUGAGUGUUAAUCAUCCUAUCACUUAACCGUGUCUCAUGGCAGAAAAUUCUCCCUAGCUGUAAGAGCUGACUUCAUGGAAGCUUUGCAGAGAGGGUUCAUAGAUCAGGGGUUACAGAAACUGACCUAGCCCUUGGCGUCUCCAGUUAAAUGAUCUUUCAUAGAGUUGGAAGUAGCUCUGCCUGGGAGGGGCAAUACCAGUGAGAGCUGACAGUACAGGGCUAGAUGGUCCAAUGGUCUAAACCCCGUGGUUCUCAAAGUGGGCAGUACCAUCCCCAGGGAGGGGGAGCAGUUACCUGGAGUGUGUGCUAUGAGAUAGGGUGGCUCUGGAGGUGUAAAUGACUAUCGGACUUUGAGAAGCUGUUAUCACUGUUGCACUAAUUGAACUAAAUAGUUUUCAUUGGGUUUUGAAUAAAUGUGCAGUUAUUUGUUA